AUUUGGGUAAGAAAGUUGUUAACUUUGUACAGAGCAAGAUGACAAGCAUAACUGAAGGUUCUUUUACAAAAAGACAACGAGAUGGUUCCAGCAAUAAUAAGCAAGAAAUUGAAGAAUUAUAUGCUGAUGUAAUCCUUGGAAUAUACUAUAGAUCAUCUCACUGGACAUUAGUGGUUGUUGAAAUGAAGAGUGGUAAGGUGUACUUCUACAACCCAUGUGGUGAAACAGGAAUGGAAAUGAAAAAGAUUGAGAGAAAUUGGAGGAAGUAUGUUGAGGAUUUGCAAAAUUCACUUGGUACUUAUCUUCCACCAAAAGAAUGGAGGGUAACAAAUGUUGCCCAUGCUCGACAAAAGGAUUCUUUCAAUUGUGGAGUGUACUGUUUGAUAUUUGCAGAAAAGCAUUUGACAGACAAGCUUGCAGACCUGAAAACCAUCAGUGAAUCUGAUUUAGAAGAUAUGAGAAUAGCAGUUGCAAAACAUUUGAUGCUCUAUGAAGUGUAUCUGACAGAAUGCUGUCCAAAGUGUAGCUUCGACAUUGGAGAUGAGGAAUCUAUCAAAUGUAAGGAAUGUCAAAGAUCCUUUCAUUUUCGAAGUUUUUGCAUUGAAGACGAUCUGAAAAAUUUGGAGGAUUCUGAAAGUUUUCGUUGCAGACUUUGUAAAAUAAAUUGGGUUGAAAGACAAAAGGCAGUCCAAGAGGGACCAGCAGAGAAUCAGCCAAGAGAAGAAAAAGGUUAUUUCUUUCGAAAAAAUGCUGGAAAGAAAAGGAAAAGAAACUCAUUUGUGUACCCAGAUAUUAGGGGAAG